AUGGGUUUGAGGGUGCGUUGGGGAUUGGUGGGGGUGGGAUUGUCAGUGCUGAAUCUGAAGCGAGCUUAUUUUUGUUAUCGAUGGAUUGCGGAUUGGCUUCCAUCUCGUCCUCCACUACUCUCCUCGACGUUCCAUGUGCACCGCUCUAACGCAUCCCCUUCCUCCUUCGUAUCCAGCCUCAACAAAGCCCGCGACCUCGCACGAAAGGGCAAACCCAAAGAAGCCCUCCCGCACCUCCUCAAAGCGCUCGACGACCGCAACAACCUCGACGCCAUGGUCGAGAUGGCCUUCCUCUGCCCCACCGUCGAGCAGACGAUCAAGAUGCUCGAGCGAGCCGAGUUGCGAGGGCGCUUGAUGCUCAAAGAGAGGUUUGGGCCCAAGUGUUUUGACGAUGAUGGAGGGCAGGUGGGGAAUUUUUGGGAUAUACUUGAGACGAGGCCGUAUAUGCGCGUGCUGCAGGCGCAGGAGAAGGUUUAUUGGGAGACGGGGAGGUAUUCCAAGUCUACUGCUGUACAAGAGGAACUCCUCCGCCUCCGACCAGGCGAUAACCUCUCAAUCCGCAAAAGCCUAGGCACUGCACUCAUCCGCAACAAGCGCUACGCCGACGCGCUCUCCUUUGCGCAACAGUGGAUCGCGCCCGACCGUAAACGCACCCCUCCCCGCGGGGGGACAAUCUACUCUCCGCCGAACCCAAAGCCCUACACGCCCGAAGAGGAGAAAGGCUUGGGUCAGUAUAAGAAGUGUUUCUGUGAUUUGAUGCAUACGGCUGCGCUGGCGUCGUUCAAGCUGUAUGGGGAUUGUGAGCAGAGCAGGCAGUAUUUGAGGGUGGCGGCUGCUUCGAAUCCGCAUAUUUUGGUCAAGAUUUUGGGGAAGAAGACGAGGCCUGAAACGGUCAAUCAUAACCCGAGAGCGCCCAACGGCCCUGAAGACGCGCACGAUUACUUGUGGUAUGGACAGGAUCUGUGGAUGAAACCCGACGUGUGGAAUUGGGUUAAUAGCCGGGAAGAUGUCAAGGAGAUUAUCCUGAGAACGUGCAAUCAUGUUGGGUGCUCGGCGAGGGAGACGGAAGUCGCGCAGUUUAAGAGGUGUUCUGCUUGUCGUCUGGUAGUGUAUUGUGGACAAGAAUGUCAGAAGGAGGAUUGGAAGAGGCAUAAACCAGAGUGUAAGCAACACCUCAAGCUGAAGAGUACCAUCAAGAACUGGAACAACGGGAGACCCGUUGCCGCAGACGCACCCAUGCUGCUCUCACCAGAGUGGAAUGCCGAUGGGCUGGUUGUUUCUGUUCCUGCUCGCAGGCCUGGCUAAGUGCCGGCGAUGCGAAGAGGGACUGAGAACUUGCCCAGUCAAUGGCUUGGUGCUCCACUGGCAAUACUUUCGCACCAGUUGGAAAGGGCCGUUUAUGAUUGUCUCAGGGACUAUAGCCGCAGGAGGGCUUUCUUUUCUCGAUUCACUUUUCUUUCUGCAAUCCCCGUGUUUAAAACUGUAAUCAAAACAUUCCCCAUGCUCAUGUAUCAUUUAUGUGCGCUCAAAUGUCCCCAACCUUCACUAAUGUAUAUUCUGUACCAUCCCCUAUGUACUUGUAUCCCUUCGCUGUACGUUUUGGCCGGCCAAUUUCAUCAUUUAUCUAUGC